AUGUCAGCUGCAUCUGCAUCGAGUGCACAACAAGUUGCCUCAUCAACCAAUGGUGUUGAAAAGUAUGAAACUCUCUCAUCACUCUAUCAUGGUGAUGCCAUUCCGUUCACACUUCGUGAUUUGAAAGAGGCCAUUCCAAAACAUUGUUUCCAAAGACCAGUCAUGACUAGUAUGCUUCAUGUUAUUUCUGACUUGGUUCAAUUGGUUGCUUACACUGUUGCCUAUUAUUACUUUUCAAACUUGUUGGAAAGUUGGUGGUUUUCUAAUCCAAGUUUGUUGGUUUUGAGUCCAAUUUAUUACUUGUUGCAAAGUAUUCUAUUCUGUAGUUAUGUUUUCAUUGAAGGUGUUACUUUUACUGGUUUGUGGGUUCUUCAACACGAAUGUGGUCACUAUGCCUUUGCUGAUAGUCCACUUGUUUGUGAUAUUGUUGGUUAUCUUAUUGGAAGUGCCUUGUUGGUUCCAUACUUUGCUUGGCAAAAAUCACACGCCAUUCACCAUGCCAAUACUAAUCACAUGACCAGAGAUCAAACUUGGGUUCCACAAAACAUUCAACCAGUUCCUUCCCAUAAUCCAGCUGAAAAGCCAGAAGAAACUAAGAAUGUUCAAAUGAAACCAAAAUCUGAAUCAGCCUUUUCUGCAGUUGUUGAUAUGAUUGUCAUGGCUACUAUUGGUUGGCCACUUCACUUGUUGGUCAAUAUUUCUGGACCAAUUAAGGAAAAUUUCUAUGCUUACUAUGCUAAGGGUAUUCGUUAUGAACCAGCAAUGAUUAAUGACAAUGGAGAACAUGAUGCUGAAAAUGAAUAUUCUGAUUACAAGCAAGUUUCUAAAAAGUCCCCAAUCAGUUUCACUUCCCACUUUUUACCAUCUUCACCAAUUUUCAAUAAGAGUGAAUUUUUCAAGAUUCACUUGUCCAAUUUUGGUGUUAUUGCCAUGUUAUACAUUGUUUAUCAAUUAUUCCAAGUUUUUGGAUGGCAAGUUAUGGUCACUACUUAUGUUUUACCACUUUUAGUCCAAUUCUUCUUCCUUACUACUCUUACUUUCUUACAACACGUUCAUGAUGACAUUCCUCAUUUGGAUGAAGGUGAAUGGAAUUGGUUGAAGGGUGCUAUUUGUACUGUAGAUCGUUCAUUUGGUUCAUUCUUGGAUUCUAAACUCCAUCACAUUACUGACACUCAUGUUUGUCAUCACAUUUUCUCAAAGAUUCCAUUCUAUCAUGCUGAAGAAGCUACUAGAGCUAUUAGAACUAAACUCGGAGUUUAUCAUAAGGAUGAAACUUCAAAGAGUUUCUUUGGAGCUUUGUAUCAUAAUUUGCAACAUUGUGUUGCUUUGAAGAGAAAUGAAAAGCACAGAGGAAUUUUGUGGUGGGAUCAUUAAGCAGUUUAUUUUCUUUUAUUUUAAUUGAAAAAUAAAUUCAUUAGAAUACUAGU